AUGUCUGCAUAUGCUCAUCAAAUGGAGCAGCAGUACUCUGCACCUAGUCUCUCAGAUGAAUCUGAGACAAGAAGCCAUUAUGAGCUAGAGUCAGGAUUCUUCAUGAAAUCAUUUACUGCAACAAUCUUUGUUGCUUCACUUGUGACUCUUGGAGUUCUACUAAUUACGUUGGUGAUUUCCUUGGUGAUUAUGCUGCAAUCCUGUCAAAGUAAAAGUGCUGGAGUAAUCGAGCUUCUGAAUAUAAAUGAUUAUUACAGUUAUUGCAGGGUUUAUUCUCUGUUUGCAGAGCUCAAUAACUUAGAAGGAUACAAUCUUCCUACAAUAUGCAGAGACCUGGCUGUACACUACAUCAAAGGAGGUCAAUAUGCUAGAGAGUUGGAUUUGACUAUGUCUGUGAUUGACGAUUACUUUAAGAGUGUUAUACCUUUAAAGGAUGGUUCGGAUGUGGUUUUGAUGGACAUAGAUGACCUUUUUCCUCGGAAUUACUCUUCCAAUUUGUUUCACAGGUUUUCCAAUGACAGCACUAGCAACUGUAUUAAAGAGGCAAACAAUGUAAAGCUCAUGUUUGUUUUAAGAUUAUACAUGUACCUACAAACUGGUGGGUGGUCUAUAAUUUUGUUAUCAAGAGAAACUAGAACAAACCGAAACGUCACCAUUAAUCAUCUUGUCUCUGCGGGAUUUAGAAGCUGGUCUGCCUUGAUAAUGAGAGCAGAAGAUUCAUAUCCCACGAAAGGGUAUGAAUACUUUUCUAGGCAAAUGAAUGUUAUGAGGAAGAAGGGCUUCCGAAUAAAAAGUAUCAUAAGCAGCCAUAUGGAUGCCGUGGCCGUUUCAGAGACUGGAGGGCGAAAUUUUUUGCUUCCAGACCCUCUCUGUGAAAAGUUUGAGAAGCAGACAGAGCAUAGAUGCUGA